AUGGGCGUGGCAUUAGAAAGUGAGUGCCCUGAAGCUUACUUUAGAAGAAAUGUGUUCUACACUUUUAUAGACCACACGGUAACGCAACUUGAAGAACGCUUUCCAAAUUCUUCAGAGGGGAUGUUUCUUGGGUUUAGUCUUCUUCCUAAUUUUGUGCUUGACUUAACAACUGACGACAAAGAAGCUAUCACAAGAUUUUUCAGUCCAGACUUGCCGAAACCAGAAACUUUCGAUACUGAGAUACUCAUUUGGAAGAGCGAAUGCUCAGAAGUUCCAAGAGCGGAACGGCUAAAUGCCACAUUACUUGACACGCUGCAAUUAGCGGAUAAAGACUUUUACCCGAACGUGCAUGCGAUACUCAAGCUAUUGUUGACUCUACCAUGGUACCAUUUGUUCCAAACUUAUCUGCUUGCGGCUGGAAUUGAUGCGCUUUCAGGAAUACGGAAGAAAGCACUUCUGGAACACUGCCUCGGCACGGAAGGCCAACGUAUUCUCGCUACGCUUCCCACUGCUGUAUCGGAGCAGCAACUCGUUGAGGCAGGUGGACAGCAGCCUCAAGAAGACGCCGAAGAACUGCUUUACCGCAAUGUUGUCAACGCUCUUGACGCACAUUUUGGUUCUCACGUUACUGUUGUUACAGAACGUCAUCGCUUUCGGCCGCGUAGCCAAGCUCAAAGCGAGACCAUCAGGCAGUUCAUCGCCGCACUUCGACAGCUCGCAACGCGAUGUAAAUUCGGAAAGCUCCAUGAUCAAAUGGUUCGGGAUCAGCUCAUCGAGAGGACAGCCGUUCCCGCUAUUCGCGAGUGUCUCCUUCUGGAGAAGGACGUCCUAAGAUGUGUGCAAGCAGUAGAGAUAGCUGGUCAGGUGGAAGUCGCUAAGCACGAGGCGCUUCAGUUAGGUGAGACGGCAUCCGAUCAGACGCCUACUGCCUCCGCUCAAAUGCAAGCAACCGAUAUCCAACGAGUUCACCGGAAGCCCAAAUCCGCUCCAAGAUCCACGCGUGCAGGCACUAAGGCGCCAAAACAAACAACGAAACAGACGGAGUUUUUUGGUAACUGUGGUCUGUCGGGUCAUAAAGUAGGCAAUCAGUCAUGCCCACCGAUAGAUCUUCUAGCAGUUCAUCUAGCAGUCCAUCGUCAACGACAAGUCAAGCCAGAGUGCGUUCCGUGGUCAACGAGAUCACUACUUGUUCGCGUACAGGAUUUAAGUUGUGCACUCACUGUGGCGAACCACUCCCUAAAGAUUUUGAUUGACUUAGGCGCCAAAGUCUCAGUCUUGAAUCAGCCUACAUGGCAACGUUGUUUCUCGGCGUAUUCUCGAUCUGCUACAACCCAACUGAUUGGCUAUGAUGGGAAGUCUAUCAAGGCAUUAGGAAAAGUAUCCCUACCAGUGCAGUAUGACCAUCAACCGUCAACUACCUUAAAAUUCUUCGUUACAUCCAAAGAUUCAAAUCUUAUGGGCGUGGAUCUCUUCGAUCAUCUGGGUUUCAAUAUCGCUCCACCGCCUCUGUCACCUGUUUUCGCGCUUAGCUUACAGCAAGCCGUUCACCGGUGGCCUUCUCUCUUCACUAAAAAACUGGCAUCUAUCACAGGAUAUGCUCAUGAACCACAGCGGAUGGUAUCUCAAGGCAUCAUCGAACCUACUGACUCGUCUCCUUGGUUAUCAAAUUUAGUGGUCGUUCGGAAGAAAUCUGGUGGUCUUCGUCUCUGUGUUGAUCUACGUGCAGUCAACAAGGCCAUCAUUCCGGAUAAGUAUCCACUUCCUACAGUGGUUGAGAUAGCAAGCCAAUUUCAAGGUAGUACCACAUUCAGUAAGCUUGAUCUCUCACAAGGAUAUCUUCAGAUCCCACUCACCAAGUCCAGUAAGAAGUUGACAGUAUUCAUCACUCAUGAAGGGAUCUGUCAGUUCACAAGGAUGCCAUUCAGACUGUCCUCUGCUCCCAGUGCUUUUCAGAAAAUCAUGUCUUCUCUCCUGUCUGGCUUAGCUGGAGUGGCAGUCUACAUGGACGACAUUGUGCUCUCGGCGCGGUUCUUUUUUCAGGAAAUCGAUGGAUGCGAUAAACCUGUUGCCUAUGCCUCUCGUGCACUGAACGAGACAGAACAAAAGUGCUCUUUCAUUCUUCGCACCGACCAUCAAGCCCUCACCACCUUGUUGUCUGCUUCAGGCACAGGUCGUCGUCCGUUUCGACUUCAUCGUUGGGCUGAUCGUCUUUUUCAGUACAAUUUUGAUACAGUUUAUCGUCCAGGAAAUCAGAAUCAGGUAGCCGACUGUCUGUCUCGCACUACCAAUCUUUCACCGAGCUCAUCACCUUCGGAGAAGCCAGUCCAGUUGUUGACUACUCCGUUCGAUCGUGUUAUUACUCUGGAGGAGCUCCAAAAAGCCUCCGCGAGUGAUCCGCUUUUGCUUCAGGUUUGCGACUAUAUUGUCAACGGAUGGCCAGGCAAACUCCACGAUCCUCUCUUUGAAUCCUUCUCUCGGAUUCGCGAUGAACUCACUGUCUGGAAUGACAGUUGUGUAGCAAGAGGGGACAGAGCCGUUAUACCCUAA